AAGACAGCUAGAGACAAUGCCACAUCAACAGGAUUGGUUCUAUUUGGUUCCCCUGAGGAAGCUGUUGAAAUUUUUCAGGAAAGUAAGAUGACAAAUACUGAAGAGGUGAAUAAAGGCAUUUACUUUAGCUACCCAUGUCGACGUCACAGCUGUUCUGUAGUAAACAUCCCAGCACCAUGUGUCAACAAAAUGAUUUCACACAUUCAAGAUGUGGAAUCUAAAAUACACGAGCAUUUGAAACGGUUUGAAACUUCUUUUGAAGAAUGGAGCAGAACUUCUUCCACAAAAGACCUAAAAGAAGAUUGGAGUAUUGCUACACCAGUGAAAGAGGUCAAACCAAAAGAAGAAAGAGAUGAAAGGUGUCCAGAAUUAAAGCAGGAAAUGGAAACAUUACUGUCAGAGGCCAUCCAACUCAUUAAAAGUCUGGAAACUGACAGGGCAGAAGCUGAAGAAGCUUUAAAACGACAAAGAUUAAGAAAGAAAAAGAUUAACAUGACAAUCGACUCUUGGUCAAUCUGGAAACUUCAAGAACUCCCGUUAGCUGUGGAGAAAGAACACGAGGCCUAUCUGAGAGAUAUUGUAGAAUUACGAUGGCAUCUUGAAGAUAAAGUUAGUCAACUAGAACAAAUAGAAGGCCAAAAGAGAAAGUUAGAAGAAGCUAAUGCAAAGAUUCAAGCAGACGUAGACUACAUGCAGAAACAUGGCCCUCUACUGGACUCAAAGAGGAACCAGGAACUUGAAGUUCUGAAGGAACUGUAUCAAAAAAAAACUGAGGUAAUGGACCUAUACAGACAAGUUCAUGGGGAACUUGAAGAAGCUCUAGAAAAGCUUGAAAAUAUCAAAUUAAAGACUAAACAGAUUAAGGAAGAAAUGGAAGAAGGUAUUUGCAAUGAUGAAAUGAACAUAAAGUCCUACAAGAGAGAGAUAGAAAAUCUUAAAGAUCUAUAUCUUCACUAUGUUUCAUCAAUACAAAAUAUUCAUGUUACUAUUGAGGAGAAUGAAGUGGCAGUGACUGAAGUCUUGAAGGAAACAAGGUCAUCAUCAAAAGAAUUAUCUAGUUUAUCAAGAACACAAGAAGAGUUGAAAAGAAUUUUUGAUCAACUAACCUGGAAGCAAAAAAAUUAUGAAAAGCAAUAUCUGGAAGCAUUUAAUGACUUUUAUACUGCAAAAAAAAUAUGGAAUGUUGAGCUUUCUAAUAUUACAAAAGAUUUUACAGACAUUUCAAUAGCAUGUAGUCAACUGACACAAGAAAAUAAAAAACUUGAGUCUGAAAUCGACAGCAUAAAAGAACAAAUGAGUGAAAGUGUAAGGAAAAAAGCAGAGUAUGAGUCUGAAAUUCAAAAAUUGUUGAGAAUGAAGACAAAGAAUGAUGACUUUCUCAAACAACUCUAUAAGAAGGCUUAUCACAUCAGUGCUCUUUUCCACCUAACCAAACAUAAAACUGAAGAACUGGAAGAUAAAAUAGCAGAAGGGAGAAGAAAAUUCAAGGGUAGAGAAGAAUUCUUGAAAAGACUUAUUCGAGAUGAAGUGGCUACUGGAAUGAUGAUUCAGAAAAGACGGUAUUCCAUUCAAGAAGCCCAGAUAAUUGAGAGGCAGGAACUUGUGAAAAAGAAAGCAAUAUAUGCCCUAGCUCUGGCAGAAAUAGAGGAACCUCUGCUUCAACUAGAAGGAGAUGCUGUGAGAAUCAGAACCAUCUACAAAGAACAUUCUGACACCCUUCAUGAUAUACUGGAGAGGCAAAAACAUGUUAGAAAAGAGGUGGACAAAACAAAGAAAAACUUGCGAAGAAAGGGGAAGAAAACCCGUGAAGCACUAACAGAAACUGAGGGUAAACGUUCAAUGAUUUUUAAAGAGAUCGAGUCGACGAAAAGUAAAACAAUUAUUUUUUAUAAAAAAAUAGAUGAAUUGAAUCUGGAAUUAAAAGAAAAAGAAGAAGAAAAAAAAAGGUUCGAUGAGAUACUUGAAAAUUUAAAGGACAAAUUUUUAACUAUAAGAUUUAAAAUGGAACAUGCACAAGCUGUGUUUGAUCACUACAUUGAAGAGAAAAGAAAGUGCCAAGAGAGAAUAUCUGAUGAAGGGCAAAGAUUUAGAAUGCUCCUUGAUAAGAGGCAAAAAACUCUAGAAGAAACAGAAGAUUAUUUACUGGAAGAAAACCUCCGUUUAGCUCAAGAGUCUCAAAAGGCACAGGCUACUUUCUUAAAAGAAAAGAAUAAUUAUUUCGACUCAUAUGAUAAACAGCUAGCACUGGUUGCUUCAGUUAGAAAUAUGAAAGAGCUCUGUCAGCUGCAAAGAAGGAUACGCACACUGUGGCAGGAGCACUUCAAACUGGUGGUCCUCUUCAGCCAGACGAGGCUGGCCAACUUCCAGACAGACUCUCAGGAGAGUAUUCAGAAAAUAUUAGCUGUGCAGGAGGAAUCUUCAAGUUUAAUACAACACAUCUUAGAUUUUUUCCAGACUUUGACAGAUGGCCCAUGCAAAAAUGAUGGUUAA